CCUACUUAAUCACACAAGCUCUAAACCACAUUUAUAGGAAAAACAAGGGUUCUUAAGUUGUACAUCAUAUUAAUUUGUGAUUCCUUCUAUCAAAAUCUUAGCUUAUCUCACACUAAAUUUGGGAAUGCAUUCACCAGAGAAGGAGGCCGCGAAGUUGAACGACAUGGGUGCGGAGAAGGAGAUGGGAAAGAGUUCAUCCUUAACCAUCAUUUUCAGAUAUGCUGACUGGCUAGACAUUUUGCUCAUGUUGUUGGGCACAUUCGGGGCAGUUGGAGAUGGAAUGUCGACGAACUGCUUGCUCGUGUACGUUAGCCGCCUUUUCAACAGUUUGGGCUAUGGAAAAUCGUCUCAGAAUAAUACCAAUUUCUUGGAUGAGAUUGAAAAGUGCAGCUUAUACUUUGUCUACUUGGGGAUGGCAGUUAUGGUAGUAGCAUUUAUGGAAGGGUAUUGCUGGAGCAAGACAAGUGAGAGGCAAGUUUUGAAGAUCAGAUACAAGUAUUUGGAGGCAGUGCUGAGACAAGAAGUCGGAUUCUUCGACACACAAGAAGCGACCACCUCCGAGAUCAUCAACAGCAUCUCCAAAGACACCUCUCUCAUUCAAGAGGUCCUAAGCGAGAAGGUGCCAAUAUUUGUGAUGAACAUGUCUGUGUUUGUGUCGGGGCUGGCCUUCUCGGUCUACUUCUCGUGGAGGCUGGCGUUGGUUGCCUUCCCCACGGUCGUUCUCUUGAUCAUACCUGGCCUCAUCUACGGGAAAUACCUCGUGUACUUGUCUAAGGAGAGCUUCAAAGAGCAUGGGAAGGCGAACUCGGUGGUGGGGCAGGCGCUGAGCUCUAUUAAAACUGUCUACUCUUUCACGGCGGAGAGGAGCAUUAUUGAAAAGUAUGGCUCCAUUUUGGACAGAGCAAACAUGUUUGGGAUCAGACAGGGAAUCGCGAAAGGCCUCGCGAUUGGAAGCACGGGGAUUUCUUUUGCGAUAUGGGCGCUGCUCGCGUGGUAUGGCAGCCGUCUCAUCAUGUAUAGAGGGGAGAGCGGUGGCCGGAUUUACGCCGCCGGACUUUCCUUUGUUUUGGGUGGACUUUCGCUGGGAUCUGCACUACCUGAAGUGAAAUACUUGACGGAAGCAUCAGUGGCAGCAUCUAGAAUCUUCGAGAGGAUCGACCGCGUCCCGGACAUCAACAGCGAAGACAGCGAGGGCGUGGUGCUGGACAAGAUACGAGGAGAGAUCGAAUUCGAGCACGUGAGAUUCUCGUACCCGUCUCGCCCGGACACGCCCGUGCUCAACGACUUCAACCUCAGCAUCCAAGCGGGGGAAACAGUAGCUCUAGUCGGAGCAAGCGGAAGCGGGAAAUCCACUGCCAUUGCGUUAUUGCAGCGCUUCUACGACGCCAGCGGAGGAACCGUGCGCAUCGAUGGAGCCGACAUCACGACAUUACACUUGAAAUGGCUGAGACAGAAAAUGGGGCUGGUCAGCCAAGAACACGCACUGUUUGGAACAUCAGUGAAGGAAAACAUCAUGUUCGGGAAACUGGAUGCAACCAUGGAUGAUGUGAUUGCCGCAGCCAUGGCUGCCAACGCGCAUAAUUUCAUCAGCCAGCUUCCCCUAGGAUACGAGACUAAGAUUGGGGAGAGAGGAGCACUGCUAUCGGGCGGGCAGAAGCAAAGGAUUGCGAUUGCUAGAGCCAUCAUCAGAAACCCUGUCAUGCUUCUUCUCGACGAAGCCACCAGCGCGCUGGACUCCGAAUCCGAGAAGCUCGUGCAGAAUGCCCUCGAUCAAGCCUCAAUGGGCAGAACAACACUAGUGGUGGCACACAAGCUCUCCACAAUAAAUAAUGCAGAUUUGAUUGCAGUAGUGGUUAACGGUAGUAUAGCUGAGACUGGCACACACAAUGAGCUCAUCGACGCCAACGGCCACUACGCAAGACUAGCCAAACUCCAGAGGCAGAUGAGCGUCUUAGACCAAGACCAAAAUCUUGAGGCCUCAUCCGCCGCCAGGAGCAGCACCGGCAGAAGGAGCACAAUGGGAUCAAGCCCUGCUUCAUCUCUGUCCAUCAUUUCCUUCCCACCACCACCACCACCACCUUCCCCUCCGCCCUCAUUCCGCCGCCUACUCUCACUAAACUCCCCGGAAUGGAAACAAGGCCUAAUCGGCAGCAUCUCAGCAGUGAUAUUCGGAACCGUGCAGCCCAUCUACGCUCUAACAAUAGGCGGCAUGAUCUCAGCCUUCUUCGCGCCAAGCCACGCAGAGAUGCAAACGCGCAUCGAGCGUUACGCCCUCAUCUUCAGCUCCCUCUGCCUCGCCUCCAUCACCCUUAACCUCUGCCAGCACUACAACUUCGCCUACAUGGGCGAGUGCCUGACAAGGCGAAUCCGCCUCAAGAUGCUCGAGAAAAUCCUCACAUUCGAGGCUGCCUUUUUCGACGAGGAGCGCAACUCCAGCGCAGCUCUAUGCUCAAGACUCUCCAAUGAGGCGUACAUGGUGAAAUCCCUGGUCGCGGACAGGCUGUCCCUGUUAAUUCAGACAGCGUCCGCGGUCACAACGGCGAUGGUGAUGGGGCUAAUCAUAACCUGGAAGCUGGCUCUGGUAAUGAUCGCAGUGCAGCCUCUCACCAUAUUCUGCUUUUACAUACGAAAAAUCAUACUCUCCACCACCACGGCCAACUUCGUCAAGGCGCAGAAUCAGAGCACGCAGAUCGCCGCGGAGGCUGUUUACAACCAUAGGAUCGUGACCUCGUUCGGGAGUAUUGGGAAAGUGCUCGAGAUCUUCGACCAGGCGCAAGACGCGCCGAGGAAGGAGGCCAGGAAGAAGUCGUGGCUCGCAGGAGUCGGGAUCGGGUCGGCUCAGGGCCUCACGUUCAUUUGCUGGGCCCUCGAUUUCUGGUACGGCGGCAUGUUGGUAGACAGAGGAGAGAUAUCGGCCGGAGACGUGUUCCGGACUUUCUUCAUUUUGGUGAGCACCGGAAAAGUUGUUGCGGAAGCCGGCAGCAUGACUUCCGAUCUCGUCAAAGGAUCGGCAGCGUUAGCUUCCAUUUUCGCAAUCUUGGACCGCCAAUCACCGAUCUCAGGAUCGUAUAAUGGCGGAGACGGAAAAGGAGGGAGGAUGAGAGGCGACAUAGAGGUGAGGAGGGUGGAUUUCACGUAUCCGGCGCGGCCGGAGGCGCAGGUGUUGCGGGAAUUCAGCUUGGAAGUGAAGGCGGGGACGAGCUUCGGGCUCGUGGGGAAGAGUGGAUGCGGGAAGUCGACGGUUAUAGCGCUUAUCCAGAGAUUCUACGACGUGGACCGCGGCUUGGUUAAGGUGGACGGCGUCGACAUAAGGCUGUUCGACGUGGAGUGGUACCGGAAGCACAUGGCCCUCGUGAGCCAGGAGCCGGUCAUAUAUUCCGGCAGCAUCCGGGACAACAUAGCGUUCGGGAAGCCCGACGCGUCCGAGAACGAGGUGGUGGAGGCCGCGAGUGCAGCCAACGCACAUGAAUUCAUUUGUGGGCUGAAGAAUGGGUAUGACACAGAAUGCGGAGAAAGAGGUGUGCAGCUAUCGGGAGGGCAGAAGCAGAGGAUCGCCAUAGCCAGAGCCAUCGUCCGUGACCCAACGGUGCUGCUGCUGGACGAGGCGACCAGCGCACUAGACGUGCAGUCGGAGCAGCUGGUGCAGGAGGCGCUGGACAGGGUGAUGGUAGGGAGGACGACGGUGGUGGUGGCGCACCGCCUCAACACAAUCAAGAACAUGGAUUCUAUCGCUUACGUUUCGGAGGGAAAGGUGGUGGAGCGAGGGACGUAUAGCCAACUUAAGAGCAAGAAGGGUGCCUUCUACGAUCUUGCUAGCCUUCAAGGUGUGUCGGCUCAUCAUCUAUGAAUCUUGCCUUGGAUGCCUGCUAGUAUGAAAUAGACAAGGAAUAGCCUACCAGGUUAAGAAUCCUUCUUUCUAGUUGUAAUCGUUAUUGUAACAAGCAGUUGUUAGUAAUAAUGGUAAGAAAUAAAUUGUCUACAUCUAUGGAAUGUGAAAUGUCACGCGUUGAUUAAAUUUCAAAUGGAAAACAUUAGUAA